UAUACAACCACACUGACUGACUCAAUAAGUCAACUUUAUCUCCAUCGUUCUCCACACAUAUUUGAUAUUUCUCUCUCUCUGUCUGUCGAGCCGCAGCUGGAUGAUGAACUCUGGAAUGACGGCAACAUCAUCAUCAUCCUCACUAUGCUCUCUUCAUUCAUUUACUUGCAGAGAUGUUAAUAAUUCAAUUACUAAUAACAGUAGAUUGGAGUUUCCUCACAGCUAUGGUUUCAAUGGAGGAAAAAUAGUUGAGCAGAGAGGAAAGAAACUUAAAGGGUUUGUUCCAUUGAAGGCUGGUUUUUGGGAGAAUAUAAGAUCAGGUUUCUCUAAGAACAACACGACACAAGUUGUGGAACCACCUCCCUCAGAAACCAGACUGGAUGAAGAAGAACCAUUUGAGCAGGAGGUUUUUCUUGUGGACAAGAUUCAACCUGAUGGUACAAUCGAACAAAUUAUGUUCUCUUCGGGCGGUAGUGUUGAUGUCUAUGAACUCCAAGCAUUGUGUGAUAAGGUAGGUUGGCCUAAGAGACCACCAUCCAAAGUAGCUGCAGCUCUGAAAAAUAGUUACAUGGUUGCCACUUUGCAUUCCAUAAAGAAAUUUCCAGAUGCAGAGGGGGAUGAUAAAGUGGAGCUUAUUGGCGUUGCUCGUGCUACAUCAGAUCAUGCCUUCAACGCCACAAUUUGGGAUGUCCUCGUUGAUCCUCAAUACCAGGGCCAGGGACUUGGGAAGGCUCUUGUGGAACAAAUGAUAAGAGCUCUGCUGCGAAGGGAUAUUGGAAAUAUAACAUUGUUUGCAGAUGGUCAAGUUGUGGAUUUCUAUAGAAAUCUAGGGUUUGAAGCUGACCCAGAUGGCAUUAAAGGCAUGUUCUGGUACCCAAGAUAGCUACACUACCCAUCCCCGUAAUUGUUUUCAUAUCUUGCCCAAAGCAAUUGUAUCCACCAUCCAUAACUGUGCGGCAGUUAGGAAUGCUGGUACUCUGUGUAAUAUCUCUUAGUUAUAGCUCUGUUCAGUGUCUUCUAAAUCAGAAUAUAUUUUUCCCUUUUUCUUUUCUUUUACUACAGUGGUAAUGUAAAUCGAAUGCAAACUACAUUUCUCUGCAUAAAUGACGAAAGAUGUCACUUGUAUUGCAAAUGUUACAGAUUAAAGUUA